UCACCGAGAUUCGUAGCUAGGAUUGAAGAAAGGUGAGACUUAAAAUGCAAGGCUCUGAAGGCUGUGAAGCUGGACUGUCAAUUCCUCCUUCGAGAUGCAUUAGGUAGCCAAAUACUGGGAUAGCUGUUGCCUACUUCGGUUUGCAUUGAUGUUUAUGAAUAUAAAUACAUCCCCGAUCAAUCAAUAUCACAGACUAGGCACCCUAUCAAUCAAUAGAGUUGGUUACCAUAACACCCUUGAAAACCACAGACUCCAGUUACCUAGGCUAUAUACCCUAGCCUUAACGUUUUCUACUACCUGCGGAGAGUAUGGGAUCAAACCCACCGGCCGAGGGAUAUAAAAGUUGCCAUCAUCACUGCCACGAUCGCGGCGAAGGCUUUCGGCAGAAUGUUAUUCUUUCAAACAGGACUAUCAUGAAUCAACCGUCUCUAGGAACAUCGGAAUCUUUAUAUGACGCUUUGUGGAAUGCUAGGGUAUCAUAUACCAAUAACGAGAAUCACUGCUUUAUACCUUUUGAUGAACUCCAGUUAGCCAGGAAUCCGGACCUCGUGAAAAUCGCUCUUCAAAAUGACGGGGUCCCACAGUCCGAGGUCCCCGAGUUAUUGAGUAGGAUAUGUGCUCCAUAUCCCCCCAAAUGUGGAAUUUCAUACUUCAGAAUAUUUGCCAUCCUCGUAUUGUGUGAGAACGCUGGAUGCAUCAAGAGGUUCGUCGACCAAGGAGUUGAUGAUAGUUAUCUUCCUUUACCAGCGGUCAAACGAAACGGAGAUAAGUUUUCCUUUUCAAGGCAUACCAACGGUCCCAAAAUUAACGACGAUCGGUUGCUGGCCCUCUUUCAAGAUCAUAAUAAAUGGAGGUCCUUAACCUUGAAUCAGUUCAACACUUGUCAAUGGUGGGCCAUCGCGCCCUUUUUCGACCAGCCCGACGCUGUCAUUCCUCAUUAUGUAUUAGAAUCCAACGAUAUAUUACCUUUAACAGAGAAGAAAAGCCAUCUUGAGCUGGAGAUUAAGUCGCUCGAUCCCGAUGUUCAAGAGGUGGUGUUGCGAGGAGGUUUUGGUGAUGUCUUCAUAGUGAAAAUGCAUCGUUCGCAUUAUCAUUUCCGAAAUCAGCCAUAUAGCGAUGGUUCACAUUCAUUCGCGCUUAAACGACUGAAAUCACCGAAUGCGAAUGAAUUCCAACUAGAAGUUGACGCUCUCAGAAAGUAUAGCUAUGGUAUUGACAAGCAUCUCAUCCCACUACUAGCUACAAUUGAAAAGGACGACGAUGCAGGGAAAUACUACUUACUAUUUCCAAAGGCUAACGGAGAUCUACGCCAUCUUUGGAAAACACAAUUCAUGGCAAAUCCCGAUAAUGCUACGGUACGUUGGAUGGCAGAGCAGUGUCUCGGAAUCGCAAAAGCACUUUCUAUGCUCCACCAGGACCAAGACAAGUACAAGGAUGAGGGCUAUCCUAUAUAUGGCCGUCAUGGCGAUAUUAAGGCUGGUAAUAUCCUUUGGUUCUCUAAACCUGGGAACCCGGGCCCCACUGGAUGGCGGCUGGUGCUUUCCGACUUCGGAUUAAUGAGGUUUCACAGGGCGGUUUCUAUCUCGGUCCAGACCGCGAGCAAAUUAAAGAAAACAUUAACAUACCAAGCGCCAGAGUUUGACAUUGCAGGGGCAAAGGUUUCCAGAAAAUCGGACAUCUGGGCUCUAGGAUGCACGUACCUCGAGUUCGUGACCUGUUGCAUCUCGGGGCCUCAAGCUGUGGAAACCGAAUUCCCUAGCUGCCGUGGGGAAAGUGACACCAAACUACAUGGUGUAAGCGAAGACAAGUUCUAUCACACCAUUGGCGAUGGCAGCGGGGCGGAGCUGAAACCAGGAGUUCGGAGUUGGAUAUCUAAUCUUCGCCGCGAUCCGAGAUGCUCACAGUACUUUUACGAAUUCCUCACGUUCAUAGAGGACAAGAUGUUGUGCAUUGAGCGUGAUAAGCGCCCAGCAGCGGCCGAGGUUGUGAAAAGCUUAGAUGCACUUUCAACCAAGUGUAGAAACGACAGUUACCUAAAGAAAGGAUAUUUUCCGACGAACAAUGGAGUGCAAUAGACCCUGAGAGAUAAGAUAUCGGGGUUUAGUAUGGAUUCAAAAAGGAAAGUAUUUUAGGUAUGGAUAGAUAGACAAAAGGGGGUUUUGGUUAUUCAUUAGAACGCCAGGCACUUAGGUACAUCCCACCUCACGGUGGUUGGAGUUGAAGAGGGGUAAUUAGACGGCUUAACUAGGGCUGAAACUUGUAUAGUUCAUGAUAUUU